UUUAAAAAAAAAAAACAUUCAAUUGGAUGAUACCCUACUCCUCGUCACAUUGAAAUCUUAACCAAAAGACAUUCAAUUUAUAUGCAAAUUAUAAAGUCCAAAACUUUGGAUCUCUGAAAGAAAAUUAAAACCUUCCAACAAUGUCUUCUCUACCAAGUUCAUCCUCAUUCCUUGGCAAUUCAGCCACCACCAUAUCCAACCCACCUCCGACGACCACUCAGGGAAAGAUGGUUAUGGUGAAAGCCUUUAAGAUAGAAAAGAUUGAGAUAAACAGAAAGGAAGAGAAUAGCAGUGGCAGGAGGGAAUUGACUUUUGCCUUGCUAGCUACUGCUGCUGCAAGUUCGUUUGCAAGAAUUGCCAUGGCAGAGGAAGAGCCGAAGCGCGGUACACCAGAGGCAAAGAAGUAUGCCCCAAUUUGUGUUACAAAGCCCACAGCUAGAAUAUGCCGCAAGUAAGAAUUUUCAUGUGCCAAUGUAUGCAGAACUUGGCUGUACAAAUAAAUAAUAAGAGUAACUAUUUUGCUAUUGCUUCAAUCAUGUAAAUGUGAAAUUUCCAAUUCCAAGGUUCACAGUCAUGACCAGAAAAGUGCAUGGCAAUCUGUACAUGUGAAAGUAGCAAAUAGAAUCGAACACCACCACUUUAUUUAGUCUUUUUCUUUCUUAUGAAAGGUGCUAUGAUGUCAAAAUCUGUAGAAAAUAGCUCAAUCUGGUGUAUUGUGUUACAAAGAGCUAUUCAUUACGUUUACAACCAGCUAACUAUUUCAACAAAAUAAGCAUAUACCGUAUGAAAAUCAUUCAGAGCAAUUCCCAAUGUGUCAAAGCGAAGUACAACCAAUGAGGUACUUGGUAUGACGGUGACAAACACUGCUAUGGGAGUGGGGAGAUGAAAUACUGCUCUGGCCUGGCAACAUUAGUAAACUAAGUGCAAAUCCUAAUCCUAUGCUUUAGUCCACAUAGCAGGGGCAGAGAAGAACAGUUUUGACACAUAAAAAAGGUCCUAAUGUAAACAGAAACAUGGAUAAAUCAAGGCGCAGACAGACUAAACUCGAAACAACACCUUU